AUGAUUCAUGAACUUGAUAUAAGUUAUGUUGAACGUGAUCUUAAUGCUCUAUUAAAUCGUAUUGGUCAUCAACGUGCAAAAAAUCCUGUUGAUAUAGCAUCCAUUGUUGUACCUUCUACUAAACUUACAAAUGCAGCUAGCAAACAUGCCAAAGAUCUUCUAGAUGAUGCUAUAUUUAAUCAUUCAAUUCGUAUCUAUUAUAUUAGUCAGAUGUUACGCAAAGAUCAUUUUCAACGAUGGAAGGUCAAUGAUGAAACAUUGUACGUUGCUGCUUUAAUGCAUGAUAUUGCUUUGUCAGAUUCAAUACAAUUAAAUAGUCAAGUGUCAUUCGAAUUUCAAGGUGGACUUAUUGGACAUGAUUUAGUACUUGCUAAUGGUGGAUCAGAGGUAGUAGCAAAUCAAGUAUUUGAAGCUAUUUGUAAACAUGAAGGUAUGCCUCAUAAAGGUCAUCAAUCAGUUCUCGACGCUUGCUUAGAAUUCAGUACAACAUUAGAUGUACUUGGACAAGUUCCAGAGACUUUAUGGGCACAGAAACAAAUCGAUGAUUUGGCUGCUAUGUUACCUCGACUUGGUUUUAGCAAUCGAUUUGCUGAAUGUAUGGAACGUGAAGUGAAGCUGAAGCCGACUUGUUUCGCUAGCACUUACAUUACUCCAACUGUUCUUGGUUGGAUUCGUAAUAAUAAAAUCUAUAGUAAACACGAUUAA